AUGGCAGCCACCAGAGGCUCGGGAGUGAAAGUCCCUCGAAAUUUCCGACUGUUGGAAGAGCUGGAAGAAGGCCAGAAAGGAGUAGGCAACGGCACAGUUAGCUAGGGUCUAGAGGACGUUGAAGACAUGACACUUACGAGAUGGACAGGGAUGAUAAUUGGGUCUCCAAGAACAAUUUAUGAAACCCGAAUAUACAGCCUUAAAAUAGAAUGUGGACCUAAAUAUCCAGAAGCGCUCCCAUCUGUAAGAUUUGUAACAAAAGUCAAUAUGAGCGGCAUGAGUAGUUCCAGGGGAGUGAUGGAUCCAAGGGCUACGGCAGUGCUGGCAAAGUGGCAGAAUUCCCACAGCGUCAAAGUCAUCCUGCAGGAGCUUCGGCGCCUGAUGAUGUCAAAAGAGAACAUAAAGCUGCCACAACCGCCAGAAAGACAGUGUUACAGCAAUUAG